AGGAGCGCAAAGACCGCUCCCACCCCCUGCCACCUCCGUUCCCUUCCCUUCCUUCGUCCCAGCUCGGCCAGCCGAUCGCGGGGUCAAUGUUGGGAUUGUUGCUAUUGCAUCCUCUCCACUGAUCGGCCCCGGAGUGUGUAGCAACAGCAGGUUUGCAGCUGGAUCGUUUUUCUCACCCCCAUCGAAUGGACGGCGCCGCCUGCGGAUAGCGAGCCAGGAAGGAGAGGACUGGAGUGGAGAGCGGAGCACCGCCAGCAGCCAUGGUGGAGGUUACUGUGGAAUAUGAUUAUGAAGCUGCGCAUGAUGAUGAACUUACUCUGAGGGCUGGUGAUCUCAUUAAGAAUGUAAGAAAACUUGAAGAAGAAGGAUGGUGUGACGGAGAGUUAAAUGGGAAGAGGGGAAUGUUUCCUGAUAAUUUUGUCAAAGAACUAAAAAGAGAUACAGAUACAAAAGAGGAAAACGCAAUCAACAAACGAGAAAAAUCAGGAAACGUUGCAAACCUGGUGCAGCGCAUGAGUACUUUUGGAUUUCCAAUCGGUGGAUUCCCAUCUCAACCCAGAUCUCUCCGAAGAAGAAGAUCGAAAAAGCGACUUUGUGAAGCAACAUUUGAUUACGUACCCCAAAAUGAGGAUGAAUUGGAAAUAAAAAUCGGAGAUGUCAUUGAAAUAGUUGAAGAGGUAGAAGAAGGCUGGUGGAAGGGAGCCUUGAGUGAGAAAACUGGAUUAUUUCCAUGCAAUUUUGUAAAGGAACUGAUCGAUGAGAAUGACGAUGGAGAAGCAAAUGAGGUGUUAAGUGAGCCAGACAUGACUGUCAAGGAUUCGAUCGGGGUUGGACCUUCAUCACCAACAUCACCGUUAGACAUUACAGGAAACGAGUGUGCAGCAGGAACAGGCGCAACAUCCCAGCCAAAGAAAAUUCGCGGUUUGGGAUUUGGAGAUAUAUUUAAGGAAGGAUCUGUAAAGCUAAAAUCACGAUUGCCUAAUUCGGAAUUGGAGGAUAAAAAAUCAGAAAAGCAAUCCAUCCCGGCAUCUAAUGCAGAGGCUCUGAAAAGUGAAGCAGAAAAUAAACAUAAAGGUGAAUAUUGUAAAGCAGUUUUUGCAUAUGAAGCAACCAAUGCAGAUGAACUUAGCAUUAAAGAAGGUGACCAUAUUCUGCUAAUCAAUAAGGACACAGGAGACAAAGGAUGGUGGAAAGGAGAACUAAGCGGCAAGCAAGGUGUUUUCCCAGACAACUUUGUCGUCAUGCUUUCAGAAACUGGAAGAGAGGUUAUAGCUGCUCCAAAAGCUCCUUCAAAAUUACUUCCAAAGCCAGACCUCGAUGAGAAACCAAAAAAGCCUCUGCCACCAACAAAAGUUUCAAAACCAGAACCACCUCCAGCUGAAAAGAAGUUUGAAUUUAAAAAGGUUCACCCAGACAAAAUUGAUGCAAUUACUCCAAGGAUUGAAGAGAAAGAUGAUCAGAAGUCAGCUAAACCAGCCGCCCCAUUGGUACCACCCAAAAAACCCAGCCUCCCUAUGAAGAGUCUUCCUUUCCGGUCUACUACUCCUCCCAAACGACCAGAGAAACCUACGAUGCCUCCACCUCUACCCAAAACAAAUGGAGAGGUGCCCUGCAAUCGACCAAAGCCAGAUCUUGAUUCAACAGUGCUUAGACCAAAAUCGGACCUAGUAUCAUCGAUUAUUCGACCAAAGUCAACAGAAAUACCUGACAAAGCUCCUGACAUUGAUCUCAUCAGCUUUGACACCGUAGAGACCUACAGUGAGAAACUUACUCAUCCAACAGCCAGCAGGCCGAGAAUGCCAGGACGAAGGCCACCCAGCGUUUUUAUUGUCGGUCAUCCCGCUUCAUUUGAGAGUCCUUUAGAUAACAUUUCUAAAAUCAAAGAAGAGGAAGAUGAAGUAACUGCCAAACCAAAGCCUUCUGAAAUAAUUAAAAAGCCAUCGUUCAAACAAAAUACUGGAAUAAUGAAUGCCAUUGAGGUGAAGGAUGUAACUGAGGUAGAUUAUAGGAACAAGACCACCAUAGAAGACAUUAAAGCACAAAUAGCUGACCUGAUGACAUUGGUAGAAAAACUGAAGAUCCAGCACAAGAAAGAAAUAACUGAACUAAGGCAUGAAUUUGAAGAAGAAAAGAAACACCGAAUUUCUUUACAGCUGGAGGUAGACAAACUGAAGAAAGCAGUUCAGCCAACAUGAACUACAUUUUAUUCUAGAUUUGGUACAACUUGUCAAGCUUCAGAUGCUGCUACAAGUAACCAGGAAGACCAAUAAUUAGAAAUGGCUUUUCACUUUUAUUAUGAUUAUGCUCCUUUUUUGAAAAUGUCAGAUGUGAUGAUCUUUAUAAUGAUGGGUAUAAUUGUAUGAUGUAAAUUUUUUGCCAAUGAUAAUUAAUGAGGCCUUAUCUUGUAUUGUUCCGGAGUGGCAGACACACAUUCACGGUGGAUGUGUGUUUGUCUACUGUACUACUGAAUCUGUAUAAAGGGGGAAAGAUGUUAAAUUUUUAAUUAAGAUGUAGUUUAAUUUUUUUAAUGAAUCUGCUUUUGUAGUUAUGCAAAACUAUAAGAUUUACACAUUUUCUGCUCGAGGGGGGGGAGCUUAUUAGAUAUUAGAAGAUCUUUGUCUACUCGGGGAAAGGGAAUUUAAUUUUGCUGUAUACAAUUUAUUUUAGCAAUCCUACCCAGGUUAAACACUAUUGUGCCUGAUUGAAGCCUACAGAUGAAAGUAUUAAAUGAAUAUAUAAAGUUGGUGUUCAAGGGGCAAAUGAUUAUGGACAACAGACCAAUUACCUAUGCAGAGUAGACUAUGUAUUUUCAUAUAGAAGGUUAUAUUGCAAAUGUAAUUGUUGUUUAUGCAUUAUUUGCCAUAAAGGGAGCUUUUGGCAUAAAUGGAUCUGAGGAAAUAAGCAAACACCCCAUGUAUCUUAAGUAUAGUCUUCUUUGAUGAAUUAUAGUUCUAAAUAUUUUCUUCUCCUGUUUUACCUGUUCCUUGUUUUCUGUUCAUUUAACAUUCUCAAUAUGAUAAACGAAUCUUCCUGAAAGGGAAGAAAGAAUAUAUAUAUUUGCAUUUACACAUUUGUUUUUAUUUUCCGAGCCCUCUGCUCCCAGUAUGGUUUGAAACCAAGUGCUCUUGGGGACAGUCUUUCAGCAGCUCUUGCUGACACGAAGCUCAAAAUAAAUUAUCACAAAUGACAAUCAUUUAAAAAAAAUCAAUAUGUUGAUGUGUCUUUCUCGUCUGUUACACAGCCAUACCAAGACCGUGCAAUUCAUUAUGUAAGUUCCUCUGUUAUAUUUGACAUAACUAGUAUUCUGUUCCUUAUGAAUUCUUUCAAUUUAUAUUUUUCCUCUUGGUUUUCUUUUCAGGAGUUACCUUUCAUUAAAGAAUGAUUAUAAUACUUAUUUAAUCCAUGACUGAAGUCUCUAUAAAUGUGGUUUCUUCAAGAAUACGUUUACAGAUGUAUAAUAAUGCAUACUCAUUCCAAAUUUUACGUAUCCAUAUUAAAAUGAAAAACUGACUUGUC